AUGAAAGUGCGUGUUAUUUAUGACUUUUCAGCUCAAGGAACCGGUGAGCUCAGUGUUAGUCAUGGUGAGGAACUUACCAUCACCAACCAAAAUGUUGGUGCUGGCUGGUGGCAAGCUGUUAAUGCAUUUGGGAAAGAAGGACUUGUGCCUUCAGAAUUUGUGGAAAUUAUUGAACUGCCUGAGCCUGCAGCCCCACCCCCUCCACCACCAACAGUGGAGUAUGGUAGAGAAGUCGAUCGGUUCGAUGAAUGGGAUGAUGAAUGGGAUAGUGACGAAACUGAUCCUUCCUUGCCAAAUAAAAGUUUUAAUGAUAGAAAUCAUCAGUCAGUUGACUGUAGUUCACUUCAAGUUAGUCGCAAACCUCUAGACUCGUCGACAACAGCAUAUAAUUACUCUGAAUAUGUACGCAAUACACCAAUUCGCAAGUAUUUUAAUAGGUCAUUUAUUCGUACUGGAGGGGAAGAUUUCCUAUUGGAUCACGAUCCACCACCUUUUCCUCAAAUUGAAGCUAAUAUCGAAUAUGUGGAUGGAAUUUUUAAGUGGCGUUGCUCGACAAAUGAUCUCACAAGUUAUAUUUCAUCAUUUCGAAAAGACUCAAAAAUGAAAGGAAUUAAAAGUUUCAUCGCAUAUCAAAUAACUACUUCAGUGACACCUACACAAGUCAGUAGAAGAUAUAAACACUUUGAUUGGCUUCAUUCACGUUUAUUAUCCAAAUAUCCAUGUAUUUGUAUCCCACCUUUACCGGAGAAAGCGAUUACAGGUCGAUAUGAAGAUGAUUUUGUUGAUGAGCGACGUAAAUGGUUACAGCAAUGGUUAACUCGUAUGUGUAAACAUCCUGUUGUCUCGCAUAGUUCAGUAUUUUUACACUUUCUUACGUGUACUGAUUUCAAGAAAUGGAAAUCAGGCAAACGUGAAGCAGAAACUGAUCGAUUACAAGGAGGUCGUUUUUAUUUUGCUGUAGAAUCAAAGGAAGCACAAACACCACAGGACUAUACCAUGGAAAAAGUGGAGGCAACUGAACGAUUUCUAUCUGAUUUGGAAAGAUCAACUAAAGCGUUAAGUGAAACAGUUAGUGAAUAUCAUCGAAAAUUAAGUACCAAUAUUCGUAAAGAAUUCUCAGCACUGUCUCUGGCUUUUCUUAAUAUGAGCAAAGCUGUUGAUUCAGAUGUUCAUACAAAACACUUGAAUACAAAAUUAUCUCAUACAUUAUCUACUACUAGUGAUACUUUCAAAACAAUUGCAUGUAUACAUGCACUGCAGUCAGAAGCAACAAUUAAUCUUCAAGAAUGCUUAAAAGAAUUUACUCGUCUAUUACCUAAUACAUCGAAUAUAAUCAAUUUAGCAAAAUCAACUUGUUCAACAGUAGAUGAAAUAAAUCGUUGUAAUUUAGAUGAACAAAAAAUGUCACAAUCUGAUAUCAAUCGAAUUCAAUAUAGUUCACUUAUUAUAACACGUUCUGUACAAGCUGAAUGUAAUUUAAUUAUGAAACAAAUUCGUGAUGAAUGGAUGAAUAAACUUAAAGAUUAUUUAAAUGAUCAAGCAUAUUUUUAUCAUCAAAUUAGUGAAUAUAUAGAACAAGCUAUUCAAUCAUUUCCAAUUUGAUGUUUAAUUUUAAUUGUAUAAUUCAGUCUUCCAGUUUCUUUCUUAUUCAGAUAAUUAUAGUGAUUAUACUAUUUGUUCUCUACAUGCUCAAUAUUUCUUCCCAUUGCCUAUAUAUAUAUAUAUAUAUAU